CUCUCCUCCCUCUUCCGCGCUCCAACAAUUUUUAAGCGAAUCGACAUGAAGACCUCAGUUGUCGUCGUCGUCUUGAUGGCCUGUGCCGCCGUCUCUGCCCAGAUCCCGGCCGGUUGGAACUACAAUCCAUUCCUUUACUACCCGUUCACCGCACAACCAGCGCCCGUCCAGGAAACGGCCGAAGUUGCCGCCGCCCGUGCCGCUCACUUGGCAGCCCACACUUCCGCCGGAGGAUCCAACAACAGGGUGGUCGCCGUACAACCUGUACCCGUUUGGGAACAACCGGCAGGUGCCGUUUUGGACACUCCCGAAGUUUGGGCCGCCAAAGUUGAACAUUACCGCGCCCACUCGGCCGCCGCCGCUGCCAACGGAGUCGUCUCGACUCUUGCGCCUCUUCCGGUGGUCAGUUGGGGAGUCCCUCAGCCCGUCCAAGACACUCCCGAAGUAGCAGCUGCUCGUGCCGCCCACUUGGCAGCCCACGCCGCCGCCCGCGGUAAAAGAUCCAUCCAGCAGCAGGACACACCCGAAGUGAUGGCCGCCACCCUCGAGCAUUACCACUUCCAUCAGCGGUGGUCGUUGAUGCUCCCCCUCAACCCGUCCAGGAUACCCCUGAAGUUCACGCCGCUAAAAUCAGGGUUGUGA